AUGUUGGACCCCUACCUGUACGAGCUGAGGCAGUCUACCAGGGUCGUGACGGAGGGACGCCUGCUCAAGAGAAAAGGAAAAAAAAGAGAGCCACCACCACCAGAGAAAAGGAAAAAAAAGAGAGCCACCACCACCAGAGAAAAGGAAAAAAAAAGAGAGCCACCACCACCAGAGAAAAGGAAAAAAAAAGACAGCCACCACCACCAGAGAAAAGGAAAAAAAAAGACAGCCACCACCACCAGAGAAAAGGAAAAAAAAAGACAGCCACCACCACCAGAGAAAAGGAAAAAAAAAGAGAGACCACCACCAGAGAAAAGGAAAAAAAAAGAGAGACCACCACCAGAGAAAAGGAAAAAAAAAGAGCCACCACCACCAGAGAAGAGGAAAAAAAGAGACACCACCACCAGAGAAAAGGAAAAAAAGAGAAAGACACACCACCACCACCAGAGAAAAGGAAAGAAAAGAGAGGUCACACCACCACCAGAGAAAAAGAAAGAAAAGAGAGGUCACACCACCACCAGAGAAAAAGAAAGAAAAGAGAGGUCACACCACCACCAGAGAAAAGGAAAGAAAAGAGAGGUCACACCACCACCAGAGAAAAGGAAAGAAAAGAGAGAAAGGAAGAAAAGAGAGAGACACCACCACCAGGAAGAAAGGAAGAAAAGAGAGAGACACCACCACCAGGAAGAAAGGAAGAAAAGAGAGACACCACCACCAGAAGACAGGACGAAAAGAAAGACACCACCACCAGAAGACAGGAAGAAAAGAAAGACACCACCACCAGAAGACAGGAAGAAAAGAAAGACACCACCACCAGAAGACAGGAAGAAAAGAAAGACACCACCACCAGAAGAUACGAAAGAAAAGAAAGACACCACCACCAGAAGAUACAAAAGAAAAGAAAGACACCACCACCAGAAGACAGGAAGAAAAGAAAGACACCACCACCAGAAGACAGGAAGAAAAGAAAGACACCACCACCAAAAGACAGGAAGAAAAGAAAGACACCACCACCAGAAGACAGGAAGAAAAGAAAGACACCACCACCAGAAGACAGGAAGAAAAGAAAGACACCACCACCAGAAGACAGGAAGAAAAGAAAGACACCACCACCAUAAGACAGGAAGAAAAGAGAGACACCACCACCAUAAGACAGGAAGAAAAGAGAGACACCACCACCAGACGAAAGGAAGAAAAGAGAGACACCACCACCAGACGAAAGGAAGAAAAGAGAGACACCACCACCAGACGAAAGGAAGAAAAGAGAGACACCACCACCAGACGAAAGGAAGAAAAGAGAGACACCACCACCAGAAGAAAGGAAGAAAAGAGAGACACCACCACCAGAAGAAAGGAAGAAAAGAGAGACACCACCACCAGAAGACAGGAAGAAAAGAGAGACACCACCACCAGAAGACAGGAAGAAAAGAGAGACACCACCACCAGAAGACAGGAAGAAAAGAAAGACACCACCACCAGAAGACAGGAAGAAAAGAAAGACACCACCACCAGAAGAUACAAAAGAAAAGGAAGACACCACCACCAGAAGAUACAAAAGAAAAGAAAGAAACCACCACAAGAAGAUACAAAAGAAAAGAAAGACACCACCACCAGAAGAUACAAAAGAAAAGAAAGACACCACCACCAGAAGAUACAAAAGAAAAGAAAGACACCACCACCAGAAGAUACAAAAGAAAAGAAAGACACCACCACCAGAAGAUACAAAAGAAAGACACGGAAAGAAAAAAAAGACACUGA